CACAAACAGAUAAGCUUCCUCAGCCAUGACAAGAACAUAAUAUAUAUUUAUUUAUUUUUUUCUUUAAAUUAUCAUCUUUGACUAGCUGACAUUCAAUGUCUUAGUUCUCUUUGUCUCCUCUCUAUCACUCUCUCUAUGUGUAAAGCGCACACACACACAGAAUUGAGCAACAGAAAGAGAAGGAAAUAUGGAAGGGGUAAGUCACCAAAGAAUAAAAACAAAUGGAAUAUGGCUGCACAUAGCAGAGAAAGGCACAGGACCAUUGGUGCUUCUGCUUCAUGGUUUCCCUGAAUUGUGGUAUUCAUGGAGGCAUCAAAUCAGUUUCCUUGCCAACCAUGGAUACCGUGUUGUUGCUCCUGAUUUACGAGGCUAUGGUGACUCUGACUCCCCACUCAGCCCCAGCUCCUACACUGUUUUUCACCUUGUUGGUGAUCUCAUAGGCAUUCUUGAUCAUUUUGGUGAACAAAAGGCGUUUGUGGUUGGACAUGACUGGGGGGCAGCAAUUGGUUGGAAUCUGAGCCUGUACAGGCCUGAUAGAGUCAGAGGUCUAAUAGCAAUUUCUGUUCCUUACUACCAAAGAAAUCCUGAUGAUAAAGUUAUUGAAUCAUUUAAAAGAAUGUUUGGAGAUGGGUUUUACAUAUGUCAAUUCCAGGAACCUGGAAGAGCAGAGAAAGCAUUUGCUAGAUAUGAUUAUUUGACAGUGAUGAAGAAGUUUCUAUUGAUAAGUAAGACUGAUAACUUGAUAGCUCCAUUGGGCAUGGAGAUCAUUGACUAUUUGCAGACACCAGCAGUGGUACCACCAUGGAUUACUGAAGAAGAAUUACAGGUCUAUGCUGACAAGUUUCUAGAAACUGGUUUCACUGGUGCUCUGAAUUACUAUCGUGCAAUGGACCUGAACUGGGAGCUUUCCGGGCCUUGGCAAGGAUCAAAAAUCACUGUUCCUACAAAAUACAUAGUUGGAGACAAAGAUAUUGGCUUUGAAAUAAAUGGUACGAAGAACUAUGUACUUGGAGAUACUUUCAAGAAAUUUGUUCCAGAUCUUGAAGUUGUUGUUUUAGAUGGUCACCAUUUUAUCCAGCAAGAGAAAGCUCAAGAAGUCUCUGAAGAAAUUAUUGCCUUCCUAUGUAAACUUUCAGAAAUUAAGUGAACUUGCCUGGAGACCAGGUUACACACUUUCUAUCUCUAUCUAUAGUUGUAGUGGAAGUUAAAAGAAUAAAACCUUAGGCUACUAGCUUUUUCUUUUUUUAAUAAACCUGAACAUAUGCAUUCAGAAUUUGCUAUUCUAUAUCGUACAAUGCCUUCUUCA